AUGCAGUCCUACAUUGGUGUGUUGGCACGCUCCAGAGUCCCACUUGUGGACAAGAAAUGGGCUGAAAUCCCCAAGGAUAUAAAGGAGCAGAUUUGGGAAGCCGUUGACAUGGCUUUUGUGGUAGGUCAAGGGGGCAAGACCUCAGUAUUAUCUUCUGCUGCCAAGAAAUGGAAGGAUUUCAAGUCUACACUAACGAGGCAUUAUAUCCAUCCAUACAUCAAGGAGAGGGUGAAAUUAAGCCAACCCCCUGAAAUAUAUAAAUUCAUAGAGAAAGCAGAAUGGGAUGCCUUUGUAGCUUCAAGGUUAUCCAAAGAAUUUGAGUCUGUGCAUUCUCAACAUUCACAUAUUAGGGAGAAACUUGAGUACAAUCAUCGAUUGUCUCGAAAAGGAUAUGCUGGUUUGGAGGAUUAA